CGAAAUAGAUAUGAGCUGGUUAUGUUUAAUUUGUGUUGCAAAGUUGUGUCUGUGACCCAACACCAUUAACUAACUAGUUGAUUUUACAUAAUGUUAUGUGGCACUAGCGUGUCAAGACUUAACAGUUAAUAAUAUAUAUGCUACAAGUGUUUUGGACAGAACAUUUACUGAUUGAGAAAGUAUACUUACUUUUUACCAUUUCAUUUCUCUUUUCACUUCUCGUGUUCAGCAAAAUUUAAAGAAAUUAUCAUUUCAAUUUUGAUACUGAAUGUUAAUUUUAGAAGAUAUAUUUGGAUGAGGCUAUCAAGCCAAGGUACUGUUCUUGUAGUGUGGCUGCCUUGUUUAUGUGCAUGUAUCUUUGUAUCUUCAUCUGCAUGUAUUGUGCCUACUUUACUUUGGUCAAUGAUCCAAUUAUGUGAUGACAACUCUUUUAUUUUGCAAUGUUAUACUUUAAUUUGAUGUGUAUUAUUUUGUAAAAUUGUUAAUGUAAUCAUCAAUUUGAUCGCUGAAAUUGUAAAGGGUUAAAUAAUUUGGUCCUUGAAAUUAAUGAAAUUCCUAAUUAAAAAACCUUGAUCACAUUAGCCCCUUCAAUCCAUGUCUCGGACUAAAAGUACCAACCUAGAAAGACUAAUGCGGUCAAGGAUCCUUAAUUUAAGGGAUAUUUUUAACUUUAUUUUGAUGAUAUUGUUUUUAUAACCUUUUUUAAAUCUUGGAUUGGUUAAUCGGAUAAUAUUAUCCUUUUAACACUGGCCUUAAUUAUUAUUUUUUUUGUUGUUUUUCAAAGCUCUUUUGAAUUUUUUCUUUAUUGAUCAAUCUUCAAUGAUAUCUUGAGCUGUGAAUUUGAAUUUCUUCACUGAACUUGUGAGAGAUACUCAAGGAGAAGAACAAAAAUUGAAAGAAAACCAAAUGCUGUGUUCUUUGAACAUGGUGUAAAGUUCUGAGACAAGAUCUGGAUGUUGUAAUAUCUACCUAUGCGUCUCAUAGUCUUCGUUGUACUGAAUCCUUCAUGAAAGAAAAUGUAGUUCAAGAGCUCCAGCAAAUGCAACCUAAUGAACAAACCAAACAAAAAAUGUUGGCCAUACUAAAGCGAUUUCAUUCAGAAGAGGAAAUGGAUAGCAUGGAUGAGGAUUCUUUUGAAGAUUCAGCUUUGUCCGAGGAGACGAUGGAAAAAAUAAUGUCAGGACAAGAAAUCAGUUUCGAUGAUUUAUCUCUUGAAGAGAAGAAACAAUUUCAGAGAGCUAUUGCCUCUGGGGAGUUGAGCAAGAUGAUCAAACCAUGGGAUCCAUGGUGGUCAAAGCUUUCUGCCAGAGAAAUCCGUCUUAGUAAAGAAGGAACUCAGCUUGUUCAAACUCUUGCAGAGCAGGAAUUGGAAAAUGAAACUGAAAGUAAUGAAUCAAGCGAAAUUCCUCUCGGCCCUGAAGUUCCACUACCUCCUCUAAGUAGGCUUAGUUCCAAGGAGCCAUCACCUCUUUUAACUGUUCACCUAGUUGAUAUAUUAUACAGCUACUGCUUCACGCUUCGCCUCUACAACGGAGAUUGGAGAUCGGAUCCAAUAGGGUCAGUCAUGGUUGUGUUGAGUGUGUCCUCAGUUUUGGGUCAAGGUGGGCAGCCAGAGAUUGUACUGGAAGCCCUCACUCAUUGCUUGGAGCAAGUAUGCUCUCCAGCUUACAGACACAUGGGGGGACUGCAAUUCGGUUUAGGUGUUAUUGAUGAUGUGAUCAAUCUACUUUCACUGGGAAGCCCUGCUAUAGUGUGUGCCCUUCGCGACAUGCGUCGUUUGAUUCAAGAAGGAGAAAAGGAGGUGAAAUCAGAAAAGCCAAAAAAGUCGAGGAGGGAUGAGAUUAGUAGUAUUAAGCAGGCAGAAAGGAAGAUAUAUUUCAUCAUGUGUUGGGUUCAUGAGCAGCCAGAUGAAGUUUUGUCCUCUUUAGCAGCUAUUGUAACGGCACAAAAGACAUCAGCCAUGGAGUUUCAGGGGAGCAAUAAGCCUGAAAAACCGAACAAUAAAGCAGAAUCCAGAGGCAAAUGUUUAAUUGAGGAGAUUGAAUGAUUACACACAUUGCUGUCCCCUUACCUUUUAACCAUAUUUAUUUAUCUAUAGAGGUAUGGUUACUUGAAAUGGUCGUUCUGAACGCAUUUGUGUAAAAUACUUUUAGAUAGAAAUUUGCAUGUUCAAUAGGGUUACUUUUCGUAUUGCCAUGAAAAUCAAAGGGGUUACUUUUAGUAUUGCCUUGAAAA